UCUAAAUGUUUCUUUGUCUAUUCCUGCUGGGAUGAUCGUAAGGAUACAAUAUAAUGGCAUCGACAAUAUACUCGCAGUUGACAAUGAGGAAAAUAAUCGCGGGUAUUGGGAUUUUAUCUGGAGCACUCCGAGGCAUCAAGUCGAUAAUCUUGACAAGCUUGAAGGGACAAAUUUUCACGUUGUAAUGGAAGAAGACAACCAAGUCGAGCUUUCAUUUACUCGAACAUGGAAUUCGACUUCUAAAGGGCUUCCCCUCAAUAUUGACAAAAGAUUCAUAAUGUUGCGGGGUGGUUCUGGUUUUUAUUCGUAUGCAAUAGUUGAGCGCUUAAAAGGCUGGCCUGGUACGAGUCUAACUGAAGGACGGAUCGUGUUUAAGCUUCAAAAAAAUAUGUUUCAAUAUAUGGCAUUAUCUGAUGAAAGGCAAAGGAUCAUGCCGAGUUACAAGGACCGUGAGAAUGGUAAAAAACUUGCAUACCCAGAAGCCGUGCUAUUAAUAAAUUCAAGAAACCAUUUGAUACGAGGCGAGGUAGAUGAUAAAUAUCAAUACUCGAGUGAUAACAAGAAUAAUCGAGUCCAUGGUUGGAUAUGUCCAAACCAUCUUACAGGAUUUUGGAUCAUCACUCCGAGUGAUGAGUUUAAAACCGGCGGUCCAACAAAACAGGAUCUCACAUCUCAUGUUGGCCCAAUCGUUUUAUCGAUGUUCUUUAGUACCCACUACGCUGGAAAACCAUUGAUUAUAGAAUUUCUUAAUGACGAGCCGUGGAAAAAGGUCUUUGGACCCGUAUUUAUUUAUCUAAAUUCAGCAUCGCAAGGUCAAAAUCCUCUUGUAUUAUGGGAUGAUGCAAAAAAACAAAUGCUUAAGGAAACCAAAAGUUGGCCGUACGAUUUUCCAAGAUCACAUGACUUCCCUCGUGCUAAUCAAAGGGGCAGUGUGUCGGGACAAUUGCUUGUUCAUGAUAGAUACAUAAGUCAGAAGUAUAUAGAGGCAAAGUAUUCAUAUAUCGGACUGGCACCUCCAGGCAACCUUGGAUCAUGGCAAUCAGAGAAUAAGGGUUAUCAAUUUUGGACUCAAGCCAAUGCAAACGGAAUGUUUGUAAUAAACAAUGUUCGAGCUGGGAAUUACUGUUUAUAUGGUUGGGUUCCCGGAUACAUCGGAGACUACAAAUAUAAUGCUAUAAUCAACAUCGUGCCAGGGAGCCAUAUUAAUCUUAAGAACAUCUUAUAUGAACCCCCAAGAAAUGGACCUACUCUUUGGGAAAUUGGGAUUCCUGAUCGUACUGCUGCUGAAUUUUUUGUGCCUAAACCAAAUUCGAGGCUCAUCAAUCGAUUGUAUGUUAAUCAUUGGUUCCGACAAUAUGGUUUGUGGGAUCGAUACACUGAAAUCCACCCGAACCAAGACUUAGUUUAUAAAAUUGGAACAAGCAAGUAUCAGACAGACUGGUAUUUUGCUCAUGUUAACAGGAGGAUGGACAAUGGUACAUACAUACCAACCACGUGGAGAAUCAUAUUCAACCUCGAAAAUGUGAAAUUAGGAAAUUACACAUUUUUACUUGCCCUUGCAUCAGCCAAUGAAGCUGAGUUACAGGUUGGGAUCAACAAUGAGUCGACACAUGAUUUCACAACAGGGGAAAUAGGAAAGGAUAAUACAAUAGCAAGGCAUGGGAUUUAUGGGCUCUAUUGGUUGUACAUCGUUGACAUAUCAAGUUCUCGACUUGGUCGGGGUACUAAUACGAUAUUUUUGACUCAAUCGAGAGGGUCGAGCCCUUGGAUGGGAAUUAUGUAUGAUUACAUUCGUCUCGAAGCUCCUUCAACUUCAAGAUCGAUGUAA